AUGCCAUCGAUUAAGUUCUCUCAGCCGCACCUCAAUGAAUCGAUACGAGAAGUAGAUAAAAGCUCCUGGCUAAUCUCGAACACACUUCUUCUUACUCGGUCGUCAGAACCAAUACCGCACAAGAUUCCAACUGAUCAAGCAUACUGGAGCGACAGCAAUGGGGGCCAUUUCAUUCUAUCCACUGCACCUGAGAUUCUUCCAUAUUCCAAGCCCCUCGCAGAAGAUUCAUUGUCUAUCUCGAGAGUACAUGCAGUCGACAAUCAAGCGGCCGUUUGGAAAGCAGGUGAAGCCUUCAUUAAAGCACACCACAUGGACUAUCCCCAUUUGACCAGAGAGCAUGCUACAUUACAGUUUCUCAAAGACCAAAAGCCCCAGGGUUUUGAAUUCCCACGCGUGUACCGGUAUUUUGAGACUGGCUCGCGAUAUUUCCUCGUUGUCUCGAGGGUUCCCGGCCAGCUGCUUGAGGAAGCUUGGCCCAACAUGGACGAGACUCUUCGCCAGCAUUACAUCGGCAAGGUAGCAGAUAUUUGCAAUCGCUUCGCGAAAUGGAAGGGAGAUAUUAUUGGUGGUGUGGACGGACAACAGCUACUCGAGCGGUAUCUCGUCAAAGGUAACAGCAAGAUGGCGGAUGCCCUUUCUCCACAGCAACUUCUGAAGAACUGUACCGAGAUGUCUAUGGACGUCUCUACAUUCGUCUUCUAUCAUUGUGACCUUGGCCCUACGAAUAUCCUGGUCGAUACCUCGACAGGCUCACUGGGCAUCAUUGAUUGGGAGCUAGCUGGCUACGUUCCUAUCGAAUGGGUUAGAACAAAAUUUCGACUCUCAGCAGGAAUGGAUUUCAACCAUGGGGAUGAUGACUCCAAAAAGGACUGGCGCCGCAGAGUUGCUCAGCAUCUGGAAAAGAUGGGCUACCGCGAUGCUGUGGAUGCAUGGUGGAAGUUUCAGGACAACUAG